UGAGAAAUUGCGGGUUUGAAACUCAUCCUAACAUAGGAAAUAUAUAUGGAGCCUUUACUAUUUGAGACGUACUAAAAUUGAGAUUUCAUUUUGUGGGAGAGACUUGGAUGUAUAUAAAGUUUAUGGCUGCAGCUGUGUUUGCAUUCAUCUUCUUUAUUUCCACUGCUUCCAUAAAUGGACAAAUAAAAACAAACAAUGAAGUAAUAGCUCAUCAUGGAGCUGUUGCCACCGAUGUCCGCCAUUGCUCUAAAAUUGGGAUAGAUGUUAUCCGCGAAGGGGGUCAUGCAGUGGAUGCAGCUGUGGCUGCUGCUUUCUGUUUGGGGGUUGCCAGUCCAGGUUCAAGUGGUAUUGGUGGUGGAGCCUUUAUGCUUCUUAGGUUAGCUAAUGGUGUAGCAAAGGCCUUUGAUAUGAGAGAAACUGCUCCUCUUCGUGCUUCUAAGGAUAUGUAUGGUGGCAAUACUACUUUGAAGUCAACAGGUUGCCUAGCAAUAGCAGUUCCAGGAGAACUUGCUGGUCUUCACAUGGCGUGGGAACAACAUGGUAAGCUUCCAUGGGAGAGACUUGUUAAGCCAGCUGAGAUGAUUGCUCGUAAUGGAUUUAGAGUAUCAAAGCUCCUCCGCCAUCAGAUGGAACAAUCAGAGACUGAUAUAAUGAACGACAAAGGUCUUCGUAGUGUGUUUGCACCACAUGGAAAACUCUUGAAAGUAGGUGAACUAUUUUACAAUAAGAAACUAGGAAAAACUUUAAGAGUAAUUUCUAAGUAUGGUCCAAAAGCUUUCUAUGGUGGACCAAUUGGCCUCAACCUAGUUAAAGAUGUUCAGAAGGCUAAAGGGAUAUUAACUGUGGAAGACCUCAAAAGAUACACUGUUAAACCAAAGGAACCUAUAUCUAUAGAUUUUCUUGGAUUAAAACUCCUUAGUAUGCCUCCUCCUUCAGGUGGACCUGCAAUGAUGCUGCUGCUGAACAUUCUAUCAAAAUAUAAACUUCCUUCAGACCUUUCUGGCGCACUUGGCGUCCAUAGACAAAUUGAGGCAAUGAAACAUGUAUAUGCUAUGAGAAUGAAUCUUGGAGAUCCUGAUUUUGUAAAUAUCACUAGACUUAUUUCUGAUAUGCUUUCUCCCAAGUUUGGUCGAGCAUUGAGAAGAAACAUCAAUGAUAAUAAGACUUUGAGUACUAAUCAAUAUGGUGGCAAGUGGAAUCAGAUCAAUGAUCAUGGUACAACUCAUUUAAGCAUAAUAGAUUUCGAGAAGAAUGCUGUUUCCUUGACGUGUACCAUAAAUGCAUUUUUUGGCUCAAAGUUCCUUUCACCAAGUACUGGAAUAAUAUUGAACAAUGAGAUGGAUGAUUUUUCCAUGCCUAUGAAAAAUGUGUCCAAAAAUGUUCCACCACCAGCUCCUGCCAACUUCGUCGCGCCAGGGAAGAGACCAUUAUCAUCCAUAUCACCAACUAUUGCCCUCAAGGAUGGAGAAGUGAAAGCAAUAGUAGGUGCAAGUGGAGGGGCUAACAUUAUUCCCGGAACUGCCGAGGUUCUUAUGAAUCACUUUGUCAAAGGAAUGAAGCCCUUUUCUGCUGUAGUGGCUCCAAGGUUCUAUCAUCAGCUAAUACCAAACUGGGUUAGUUAUGAGAACUGGACAACUCCAUAUGGUGACCACUUUGAACUUCCUGCUGAUAUCAGAGAAUUCCUUAGAAGCAGGGGUCAUGUCCUAAAACCAUUUGCUGGUGGGGCAAUAAGCCAAUUUAUCGUUACAAACGUUUCUGACCAUUCUGGAAUAAACAAAGGUAUUGGAAAGAUUGUGGCAAUCAGUGAUCCGAGAAAGGGUGGUUUUCCUGCAGGCGUUUGAGACGAUUCAUUGACAUUGAAACCUCCUCUUAUCUCAUUUACAAGUUUACCUUUUCUUUUCAAAUGCAUUCUCUCUUUAGUCCCAAUGGCUGAACUUCAAGAAUGGGAACAAAUAAAUGUGGCUUUUUUUUUCUUCUUCUUUCUAGAGGAUAAAAUAAAUGUGGCUUGAUAUGUACUUUUAGUUUCAUUGAUAUAAAACUAAAACAUACAGCCAUAUGUGAAGCCUCAUGAUCAUAUUCCUCAAUUUAAGUUUAAUCAAAGGCUCACAAUCAUUCACUUGUGUUGA